UCUAGUCCAAGAUUAACUUUUCUUUUUCAGAGGAUACAUGCACUGCGGAAGUGUUUUUAGUCCAAGACAAGGCUUAAUCCAUGUCUGGGAAACCGGCACUUACUUUUUUUACGUUUUUUUUUUUUUUGAAGGUGGUCUGAAAUACAAAAUCCAAUACAGGAUCUUUGAGUUGUCAAUUCAUGUUCGAGGUUGCAGAGCUCGAGAGGACUGCGGAGGGGUAAGGAACUAAUGGACUGAAGAGUGGAUUUUACGUUAAAGAGACUUGUGCCUUCUUGUUGCAACAUUUUAGCACACUGUUACUUGUGCAAAACAAUGUCAACGAAUUCCAAGAUCUGAACUUGUGCUAAGAGAGGACGAACAUCAUGAGGAGUCGCAGUAAUUCCGGGGUCAAGCUUGACAACUAUGCCCGGAUCGUGCAUCAGACGAUCCUGAGUCACCAAGACCCUGUGACGGGGCUCCUUCCAGCCAGUGGGGAUCAGCCAGAUGCCUGGGUCCGAGACAACGUUUACAGCAUCCUGGCUGUGUGGGCACUCAGUCUGGCCUAUCGCAAGAAUGCCGACCGAGACGAGGACAAAGCCAAAGCCUAUGAGCUGGAGCAGAGUGUGGUUAAGCUCAUGAGAGGACUCCUGCAGUGUAUAAUGAGACAGUUGGACAAAGUGGAGAAGUUCAAGUACACCAAGAGCACCUCGGACUCCCUCCAUGCCAAGUACAACACGCACACCUGUGCCCCUGUGGUGGGUGACCAGGAGUGGGGGCACCUGCAGGUGGAUGCCACCUCACUCUACCUGCUCUUCCUGGCACAGAUGACUGCCUCAGGCCUGCAUAUUGUUUACACACAGGACGAGGUGGAUGUAGUUCAGAACCUGAUGUUCUACAUUGAGGCUGCAUACAAAGUUGCAGAUUAUGGUAUGUGGGAACGAGGUGACAAAACCAAUCAGGGAAUCCCUGAGAUCAAUGCCAGCUCUAUCGGCAUGGCCAAGGCAGCGCUAGAAGCCUUGGAUGAACUAAAUCUUUUCGGUGCCAAAGGGGGUCCAGGAUCUGUGGUCCAUGCUUUGGCUGAUGACAUACAGCACUGUCAGUCCAUCCUCAAUUCAAUGUUGCCGAGGGCAUCAACCUCCAAGGAAGUUGAUGCUGGGAUCCUCUCCAUCAUCUCGUACCCAGCCUUCGCGGUGGAGGACAUUAGUAUUGUCAACUUGACGAAGGAGGAGAUCAUUUCCAAGCUUCAGGGUAGGUAUGGAUGCUGCAGAUUCCUCAGAGAUGGCCACAAAACCCCUAAAGAGGACCCCAACAGGCUGUACUAUGAGUCAGCGGAGCUCAAGCUGUUUGAGAACAUUGAAUGUGAGUGGCCUCUGUUCUGGACAUACCUCAUCCUGGAUGGGAUCUUCAUCAACAGCCCAGAGCAGGUUCAGGAGUACAGAGAGGCUCUGGAAGGGAUUCUCAUCAAGCAGAAGGAUGGGGUCCGCCUCCUGCCCGAGCUCUACAGUGUUCCCCCGGACCGGGUGGAAGAGGAGUAUGUUAAUCCCCAUUCAGUGGACAGAAUUCCAAUGGGAAAGUGCCCUCUCAAGUGGGGACAGUCACUUUACGUGGUGGGCAACCUUCUUGCUGAGGGCUUCCUGGCCCCUGGUGAGAUUGACCCUCUCAAUAGGCGAUUCUCCACCAUCCCAAAACCUGAUGUGGUGGUUCAGGUGUGCAUCCUGGCAGAGACAGAUGAGAUUAAAGAGCUCCUUCAGAAGCAUGGGAUUGAUGUGGAGAGUGUGGCGGACAUCCAUCCAGUUCGAGUGCAGCCGUCAAGGGUGCUGAGCCACAUCUAUGCAAGGCUUGGCCGCAACCCCAGACUAGGGCUGACUGGAAGACCGUACCGUCGCAUUGGAGUUCUGGGAACCUCCAAGUUCUACCUCAUCCGCAAUACCAUCUUCUCCUUUACUCCUCAGUUCAUCGACCACCAGCAGUUCUACCUGGCUCUGGAUAACAGAAUGAUCGUGGAGAUGCUGCGCACUGACCUCUCCUACCUCUCCUCUCGCUGGAGAAUGACCGGCCGUCCCACAGUCACCUUCCCCAUCUCACAGACCAUGCUCACUGAAGACCAUUCGGACCUAGAUCCUGCUGUACUGGCUACUCUCAAAAAAUUACAGGAUGGCUACUUUGGAGGGGCUAGGAUACAGACUGGGAAGUUGUCAGAGUUCCUGACGACUUCCUGCUUUGCUCACCUGAGCUUCAUGGAUGGUGGUAAGCAGCGACAGACCAUCUAUGGAAGUGACGAUGAGGAUGAUGUCUGCAUUGAUGAAGGAGCAGUGCAUGAUUUGAGCUUUGAUGAGUCUGAUGACCUGACGCAGUACUUAGACCAGCUGCUGGCGAUGAGCGUGUCCAGGCCCAGCCCCAAGGCCAGCGCCGCCAAGGGCGGCCUCAAGCGCUUCAAGUCCGCUGCCCGCAAGACCCGCGAAAUGGUCUCCCUCGUGGCCAAGGCCAAGGACCUCAAAAUCGACAAUGUGCAGAUGUUCCUGCCCAGCAAGCUGUUCUACUCCCCCCAGCCGUCUCUCAACCUGAUGGAUACAGGCUCCCAUGAGAACAGGGGGCCCCACGUGCCGUCGGUCUCCGAGAGCAACCUGCCCCGGGACGAGAGUGGCAACAUCGACUACGAUGCCCUGACGCAGCUGCUGAAGGACACCGAGAACCUACAGGACCAGGCCGACAUCCUCUACAUCCUCUUCAAAGACAAGGGUAUGGACUGGGACACGAAGCUGAAUGGCAAGGGUACGACGGUGAGGAUCCUGCUCGCGGAUCUGUACGAGAAGGCCGGAGACCUGCGACAGUGGGGGAUCAUCCGCAUGAUCUCCGGGCUGCUGCGCAAGAAGGUGGAGGAGCUGGAUGAGGCUUGCUCCGAUCUGCUCGCCCACCAGAAGCACCUGACGGUGGGCUUACCCCCAGAGCCACGGGAAAAGACCAUCACGGCCCCUGUGCCUCCUGACCAGCUGGCCAAGCUGAUCGAGGAAGCGAGUGAGAACAACAUCAGCAUCGCUAUACUCACACAGGAGAUCAUGGUUUUCCUGGCCAUGAACAUCCGCACGCAGCCAAGCCUCUUCAGCGAGAUGUUCCGCCUGAGGAUUGGCCUUAUCAUCCAGGUCAUGGCCACUGAGCUCGCCCAGUCACUCAACUGCUCAGGUGAGGAGGCCACAGAGAGUCUUAUGAGCCUGAGUCCCUCAGAGCUGAAGAACCUUCUGCACCACAUCCUCAGUGGGAAAGAGUUUGGGGUACAGAAAAGCGUGCGCGCUGUGGACACUGGCAUCAGUCCAGCCAUCUCCAUCCACGAGGUGGGCAACGUGGGCGCCACCAAGAGUGAGAGGGCUGGCAUCAGCAAGCUGAAGAGUGACAUGAAGAUGAUGGAGGAGCGUAGGUUGUCAUUGGUGGACCAGAGUCAGAGUUUGCCUACACAUGCACUUGACAUGGAGAACAUUGAGGAAGGGCGAUACAGAUUCCCUUCCCUGGAGACGUUUGAGGGGGCGUUCAGUGUGCCUGCAGCCCGGGACAGUCGACAGGGACAGUGGCUGCGCAGGAGAAGGCUGGAUGGGGCCCUCAACAGAGUCCCCGUGGGCUUCUACCAGAAAGUGUGGAAGAUCCUCCAGAAGUGUCAUGGUCUGUCCAUUGAGGGGUUUGUUCUCCCGUCCUCAACCACCCGAGAGAUGACCCCCGGUGAGAUUAAGUUUGCCGUGCACGUGGAGACCGUGUUAAACCGUGUGCCCCAGCCUGAGUACAGGCAGCUGCUGGUGGAGGCCAUCUUAGUGCUCACUAUGCUUGCUGACAUCGACAUACAGAGCGUUGGCAGCAUUAUUCACAUAGAGAAGAUUGUACACAUCGCCAAUGAUAUGUUCUACCAGGACCAGAAAGACCUGGGAGCGGAGGAGAACAUCCUAGAAAGAGACCACUCUACUGGGAUCUGCAAGCUACUGUAUGACAGUGCACCCAGUGGUCGCUAUGGCAGCAUGACUUACCUCACCAAGGCCGUGGCCACCUAUGUUCAGGACUUCCUGCCGAGUGGCGCUUGUGCCCUGCAGUGACACGGCAUCGGUGAAUGUACAUAUGCCAGCCAGUUUAGUGCGAAACCCUGCAGCUGGUCACCGAGGCAGCUCUCCUGUCACAUAUGAGUAGGAGUAGUCUUUAGUGUGGCAUCAAGAUAGGUCAGUUUACACCGUCUAAUCUGGUGUUAAGACUGUUGAUUAGAAUCAUUUUAGUGCUGUCGGACACUACAUUAAGUUAUUACACCAUGGUCAUAGGAGAUGAUAUAUGGAUUUUGUUAUGAAACAUAUUUUGUUUGGUAGGCAUUUUUUUCUUUGCCAGCAUGUGUCUUGGAAGAGCAGUUUGCUUUCUUGCAAAGCAGAGGUUUAGGAAUGUACCUCUGAUCUUUUCUUUAGUCAUUUUUAUAAAUGCACUGUUUUUAAAAAUAUAUGUUUUAAUAUCAAUGAUUGUUGAAUAAACAAAAUGAAAGGUUUACAGGUUGUAGUUAUAUUCAGCAGGAUGUAAUGUGGAGCAGCAUAUUUUGAAAGAAUGAACAUACAAUACACUGGAGGUAAAUUACACUGUAAUUGGCUUCAACAGAUUCUUUUGUGUUUGAAGUUCUUUUAUGGGCUGACUCCAUAUUCUGAGAUCAGGACUACUGUGUUAUUUAAAGUGGCAUAAUAUCAAUUACUGUAUAAGCUAACCGCUCUCGCUGAAACGUCAUAUAUAACGUCAUGUCGGCCAUAUCGAAGUUUGUGCAGUUGAAAAGAAUGAGUAAUGGUCUUAAAUUAAAUGAAUUUAAUGUUACACUCCUGACUAAAACCACUUGGACUUUGAUUUCUUUUAAGAAAGUGUCAUAUGUCAGUGGGCACAUAGGUAAAUACAACAAAUAUGGUAUUAUAUGCUAUUAAAAUUAUAUCGUAAUUGCACUUUCUGUAUGAUGCAAGCAUAAUAAAAACUACAUUUAAUUA